GUCACAAAUUUACAAUUCUAUAAUUCGUACAGCUAUUUUAUGUUAUUUUGUUGUGUGUCUAAAAUCGGUUUACAAAAGUAGAGUUUUAAUUAGUAAGAAGAAUAAUCUACUUUUCCAGUUAUGGAAGGUUUUAUUGAAGUGAAUGAAAUAUCUGACUUCGUUUCAUAUAUCCGCAGUAUUGAAUGGCGUGAUCCCUGGCUGAUAGCUUUACUCUCUUUUCACAUUCUGGUAACAUUUAUGUGCUUCUCUACAAGGAAUUAUGGAAACUUUCAAGUUAUGCUGUUUAUAACAUUAUUACUUCUCGUCUAUUUCUCCGAGAGUAUAAACGAGGUGGCAGCAAGGAAUUGGGCCCUGUUCUCCAGACAACAGUAUUUUGACAGCAAAGGACUGUUUAUAUCAGUGGUAUUCUCCAUUCCAAUAUUGCUGAAUUGCAUGAUUAUGGUGGGUUCAUGGCUGUACCAAUCCACGCAGAUAAUGACCAACAUCAAGAAAGCACAGUUACGGCAGCGGCUGAAAGAGCUCAACAUCAACAGAGAGCAACAAAAACACAUCAAGUCAGACUAAAUGAUAAGAUACAGGUACCGAUAUGAUACUAAAUAGCAGAUAUUUUAUCAAGCAAAAACUAGCGAAAUGAUAUCCUGGUCACGGCACCACACUUGUUGUAAGAAUAUUGAAAAAAGUUCUUAAAAAUAACUCUGGAAAUUAUUAAAGUAUUUAGUUUUUGCAGUAGAUAGAAUAUCGGCAUUUUUGGCAGUGAUCGUGUGGAAACAAAGUACCUAUGAUAUCCUUAGUAAUCUAGAUCGAGUAUCUAUUACUAGAACAGUUGCAACACUUAACGCUUAAAUGUCGGCCUAAAGCCCCGAAUAAUUAUGAUUUUUUACUAGAUUUAAUAUAAUAUUCGAUCAGGUUACCAAUGAUGAUAUCAUUUGGCGUAAAAGAGUAUAAAAUUUGCCAUUAUCAUUAAUUAAAUUUGGUGUAGGAAAUGUGAUCAAAAUUUGGAUAAGAAAUGUUAUUAUUAUAAAUACUGGCGUAGGCAUUCUGUUCAAAUUACUUUUUCAGAGUAUUUUUAUUAAACAAUGUACUGACAUUACGCAUUCGUUUCUACACUACAUAUAAAAUAUACACGACUUCAAAAAAUAAGUACGUGCUCUAUCCAGAUAUUGCUAUAAAUUCUUUUGAUCUAUUUAUUAACCUCCUUACUCAUAAACGUGUACUAAAGUUACGAUGCCGCUAAUAAUCGUUUGUCCCUUUCCGACGUAUUGGUAUGAUGGAAAGGGACAAAGGAUUAUUAGCGGCAUCGUAACUUUAUUACACGUUUAUGAAUAAGGGGGUCACUGUCUACCUACUUUACGGAAUAUAGACAAAAGGAAUAUUUACGGCUCGCAUUGACAAAUUUUAUGAUAAUCUACUAUUUAUAACAAUAUACUCGUAAUUAACUUUCAUCACAUUUAAUUUUUACUAUAGAUUAACAAUCAAUUCAGUGGCACCCUUCAACUAAAAAAAAGGAUUUAGUACACGUACUGUGCUAUCUAAGCUGUCAUUCCAAAUGUUUGAUGAUAAAUAACACAAAAUUGACAAGAAGAAGCUAUCGCUUAGUGUUCGGUAUACAUGAAAAGAUUACAAUACGAAAAUAAAGUACACAUACACAUACAUAUUGGCAGGUACUUGCACCAAAUAUCUAAUCAAAUUUAAUCGACGAAGACUGUCCGUGUCCGUGUCCACUUACUUGAAGAAUUUCUAUGUUUUAUAAGUGUAAGGUUUUUUUUGUUUAUUUAAGACACUGCGAUUUAAACUUAACUUCAUUAGCUGCACUUACUUUCAGCUUUAUUUAUAAGGUUUUAAUAAGAGAGUGAAUAAUAUUUCCCAGCAUUAAAAUCCUAAGAUGUGUUGUUGAUAGCACUUGUAUUCCUACUGCAUUUUUUCCUACGUGUUUCUUGCAUUUUCUUGUACUUAAGAUAUAAAACUGUAUAUUCUUUUCCAACAAUAAUCUGUUGUUGCCAGUUGUAUACUGUUAGGGCGUUUUAAUAAAAAAUAACAAAUCAAAACACCUGAAUGUUAAAAACGCUCUGUUUUUUUUGUAAGCUUUCAUACCUGCUUUGCCUCGGCAAGGUACACCCAGCUGCAAAAGUGCAUGUUCACUUUAUGAAUGAAUUCCAUUCACAAUGCGUCCAGUUGCAGUUCGCUGUACAUACAGUCAUAGAGAUAAACCAGUCAUAAAAUGCACGCUGCUCCAACUAUAGUACUCUAAACCUUCAAUCAUGGGCGUCGCCAACUGAUGGGCUAGGGGGGGCAGUUGAUAUGGCCGAUGGGCUAGGGGAUGGCUGUUGAUAUGGCCGAUGGCCAAGGGGAGAGAGAGGGGCGUACAUUUAGUUACUUUACAGUUUUUACUCUUUAAGGGGAGGCAGCUGACUCCCUCUGCCACCCCCUGGCGACGCCCUUGCCUUCAAUAGGGUCUGGAUCUGAACCAGAACCCGGGACGGAUGGAUCUGCUUGAAUUUUUUAUUCCGGUUGAAGAUACUUGUGGAGGUACUUACAUUUUAUGAGUGUUUUUACUCUUUUGUAAGAUUGUUAAUUUUCAUUCAUAUAAGAUUGUAAGUUUGCCGGAGGUUUGGGGAGCAUGUAAAUGGUUAUUAGAUAUGAAACCUAAACUGUUGCCAUGUAUUUGUAGGUUUCGUGUGGAAAUAUACGAUUAGAAAAGAUAAAAUAAAUUUAACUAUUAUCACAUAAAGUCGCUAGAAUAGGUUUAUUUUUAUUUGUUAUUGUGAAUGUUUUUUUAAAGAAUGAUUACUUAAGGAUCUAUGUCGAAAUUCUUUGUUAUUUUACCAAUUGUUGUUUUGUAUAUAUUUUUUUAUUUUAGUUUUUUUAGUUUUAAGUAAAUUGAUGCAGUUGUCUUUGUUUUAAACAAAAUAAAAGAGGACGAGACUCAUGAAAGGUAAUUUUGACAUUAUGAGAAAUGCUUUAUUUUAAUAGAUGAAAUAACAUAAUAAACAUUCACAAUGACUGUUUAAGUAUGUUUAAGUUUGUGAUAAAUUAUCUAGUGAAACUUGCGAAAGAUUGAAGUACCUAUAUCUAUAUUACAUUUUCGAAAUAUUCCUUGGAAACAAAAAUAAGUGUUUUUUUAUCUGAUAAAGCAUAAUCAAUUAUUUAUUUAAUAUAAUUGUGCCGAUACACUGUGCCUCUGUUAUCGGACGAUGGGCUGAUAGAAUGAUGCUGUGAAACGUCAUGGGUAUAAAUGCCAUUAUGAAGAUAGAUUUCUUUUAUAUUGAAAUACAGUAAUUUUUAGUCUACACUGGCGAAUAUGUUGUUUAUAUGUGAACAAUAUAACAAUUUGUGCCUAUAUGUAUAUAAUAGACAAUAACUGGAUUUUUUAUAAUGUUCUCUAUUUUACCCGUUCUUAUUAUGGUAUUAUUAUUUAAUAGGAGAUUAUGUAUCCUAUUUCAUUGCUGUCGAUUGGAUCUCGUUUUAAUUAAUUGUUUAUUUUGCUUGGCAGAAGUGUUUUGGAAGGUCAGAUAAAGUAUAUCUAUUAAAUAGUGAUAUCAAAAUUAUAAGAUAACUUUACCUUCGCUUUGAUUUCAAGACUAAUCAAUGCCAUAGGUACACGUCUAAUAAUUAUAGACUCAAAUACAAUUAUUGAUUACGUCCAUACUAGUUUUAGAUAAUAGCAUUUGCUCUAAGCCUUUGGUCCAUAUAAAAAAAUAUAAAUAUGUAUACUUAUAUAUAUUCUCGUCACAGAACUUUAACCUUACAGUAUAAGACCUUUUACCUUGUAUAAGAUCAUUCAGAGCGUUUAUAUUUUUUUGAAGGUUUGGUAAUAGACAUUAGUUUACUUUCCACUACAUCCACAGCUUAGGCAGGCACUCAAAAAGCGGAUUCUAUAGAUAAUAUAGAUAUAGAUCUAUAGAUUCAAGCUGAUGCCUUCUGUAUGGAUAAAAUAUGACAUUACAAUAUAAUAUAUUAUGGCGUGUAAAUAAAAUCCGAAACGUAUAACUAGGUCUUACCUUCCUUUGUAAAUGAUCUACUUUCUUCUUUCUUUCUGCCAUGUCGGUUAUCAGAGCUCAGGGUCUAAUGUAAAUGAUUUAAUUUCUAAUAGUAUUUAGCAGGUGAGUAGGUAAAUAUCAAGACUGAGAUGUGUGUGAUUCAUAACAUAUUGAUACAGACUUUAUUAUAUCAUCUAUAGGCAUUUGGCACGAUCAUUACUAUGUCCAAUUAUGACUGAAAGUGGUAUUAAAAAUUAGAAGGAAAAACUACAACUUGAAACACAUAAUAAACAGGAACUUUUCGUAAAAAAAUUAAUGAUUUUACCCAUGAAAAUUGCCCGGAGAUGAUUAUUUACUGUAGCUAAUUUUAAAUACCACCGUAGAGGCAAUUUUCUCUGGUCCAAAGGUCUGUCCGCUCCUAAGCUCGUGCUAUCAUACUUUCUUUUUUUAAUGUAGAAAAUGAAAUGAAUAUCUCACGUGCAUAUGAGUGAUUGAGUACAUUUAGAUGUAACUUUUUUAAUUAUUUUAUAAAAAGAAAAUAAGAUAGCACCAGCUCUGCUAUUAAUCCUAGUAGCUACUUCGCGCUACUGCGUUAGUUAGCUACUGACGUUGCCUAUUAAAAGUUCGGAAAAUCAUCGACUAGUGUAAAGUAUUGUCUAGAAUGCGCACGAUUUUAUUAUAAAUAAAAUCCAGAGAAGUUGUAGUAAUGCCUAGAAAUCUUAGUGCUUAUGCUUGGGUUGCCAACACUAUUGACGUCGACCAGGACAGAAUUGUUUUUUUUUUUUACAAAUAAAUAUUCGUCGCUCGUUCAGUGUAAGAAAGUACAGUAGAGUGAUAUGAAUAAUAGAUACAUACCUAAACGUAAGUACGAAGUAAAGUACCUACAUAUUUUAGUUUAAGUACUUACAGACAAAACCGAUAAAAACACCAGUAGGUACAUACAUUACUACAAAGGUUAGAUUACAAAAAAAACGAGUGGACUAUUUCACCGAGAAUUUUCCAUGAAUUUGGCACUCUGUCCUGUUAUUACUUCGCUAAAUUUAGUAUCAUCCAAUUCUGUGUUUUAGUGUAAUAUUGUCGUGCGCAGUAGAUUGUUGGAAAGCAUAUUGUUAUAGUUGAUUACUUUCUUAAAUUAAUUAGAAAUAAAUAACAAUAUGUCGUACCCACUUCACGUUCGGCCUUAUGACAAUUGCGUAUUAUGUAUUUAAAAUUAAGGCCCGAAAUAAAAAAAAGUAGUGCCACAAUACAAAAUGAAUGAUUUACAACGACGAUGUACAUAUGUAAUUAUUAUUAAAAAUCACUAUAUACUCGUAUUUAAACUAGACUAAAGAUAAUUGAAAUAAUGAUUUAUAUUUAUUUUGAUUUGUAUAAAUCUGUUUGCCAAGCUGUGUAUAGUACCUACAUAUACAACAUGUUUGUUGUCCAUGGUACAAACAGCAACACUCUUAACUGUCCAUCGGUGAACCUUAUUCCUUUUGUAAUAAGGUUCACCGGUGGACAGUUAACAGUGCGUGCGAUGGUACAUGUUAACGGGGACGCCGCCUUAAGCGCCAAUCACAUCCAAACUUCCCUAUUGCUAUCGAGCCCGAAAUCAGUCCCGAUGUCGGGCCUGAUAAAGUAUGGAUUUAAUUGGCACUUUAACAAAUAUUGGCUUUGUGUGCGAUUAAUUGGCAAUAGCGGCUGUAUAAGACCACAGUUAUAUCGAUAGAUAUCUACCAAAUAGUACGAAACUUAGGAAAAAUCACAUAUUUGCCACGCUAGGAGCCCCCUAUCACUAGCACGCAUCCCAUCACUUCGCACAUAGACAAUAUGAGACUGAGAUCUCUUCAAUAUUGUCGUACAAUAACCAAUGCACCUAAGGGGUGUAUCGAAAAAAAAAACUUUAAAUUUUAAGCGGCUGUAAUUUUGUUUCUAACAAUAAGGAAGAUGACUACGGCUUUCUUACCGCGAUAAAAAGUCUUAUUAUUAAAUUAUAUUCCAAUAUAAAUAAUUUUGGUUUUACGGUGUGUAUAUAGAAUAAUACCUACACCAAAAAUUGUUAUUUUCCAAAUAGCAAAAAAAAAUAUUGCAAAUUCUUACAUGCUUGAUUUCGAAACCAUUCGAAACAAUUAUCUCGAGGUUUUGUGCAUUUCAUAAUAAUUAACUUAUCUAGUAUGUUGGCUCUUGAAAUGCUUGAUGAAGGCCUCGAAGCGGCAGACCUCUAGGAACAACGGAACAAGUGAAUUGCUAAUAGAAUUUAUAGCGAAAACUAAGCAUGCCUGUCAUAUUUGAGGACCGGUCUGCCCUAGUCGGUAGUGACACUAGUGAUCCUGCCUAGGAAGCCGAUGGUCCUGGGUUCGAAUCCCGGUAAGGGCAUUUAUUUGUGUGAUGAGCACAGAUAUUUGUUACUGAGUCAUGGAUGUUUUCUAUGUAUUUAAGAUAGAAGAUAAAAGCGAAAAAAAAUAACAACUCCAGCAGGUGAGAGGCUGAUGCAGGCAAAUAUGGAAAACAGCUCCGUAAAAAGCUGCUACUGAAUGCGCUAGGAAGAAGCUGCCAUCAAUCCUACCGAAAAAAUAAUAAUUAAAUUCAAAGUAGUUUUUUUACUGUAGUUAUUCUAAAAAAACAUACGUUUCUUAUCAAUUGCAUCCGGGUUUUUUUUUUCAUUUGAAGUUUACAGAUUUUUCUUAAAAUGAGCUCAUGAUUCCCCAAGGGUGUAGGUGCUAUUUUGGCGAUGAGCGCCCUGCAUUUGCCCUAAUAACCUGUCAACACAGUUAUUCAUCGUAUUGCAAAGAGUUGGCAAUGAUAGAUAUUAAUUACAUUUUUGUUUGGCAGGCAGAUUGCAUUUUGAGUCAUUUAUUUAACUAUAUAUUUAAAUUUCAUUCACCAGAUAAUGCUUUAACCAGCUUGUUAAUAAAAUGAUUUAAAAAAUCCCCUAUGCUUAAGGUAAAGGAUUUUUACUUAAUUUAUUAUGUAUGCUUUUCAAUAAAGUCGUGGAUUACAAUA